AUGGCCGAGCUGCGACGGCAGCAGCAGCAGCAGCAGCGGCAACAGCAGCAGCAGCAGCAGCAGCAGCAGCAGCAGCCGAAUUUUUCCGAACAGCUGGAGCAUAUAAGCCUUCAGGUUAACGCCAUCCCUCUGUUCGCUACCUCCAGUACAAACCUGUGCGACGUGUCGCGCGGUUUCCCUCACGCCAUAGUACCAGGCGAGAUAAGGCGACACAUUUCCACCGCUCACUCUGGCAUCCAGGCUACUCAGUCCCACAAAUGUUAUCAUCGACAAAGACCAGCAAUUUAAAUCUAGACUUUUUAACGCCCCUACUGACGCCCUGGGAUAUUCCCACAUACUAAUGACAGCCUAUCAUCUCUCACCCAACGGUCUAGUUGAGCGUUUUCAUCAUGAAAUCAAAAUCUCGCUCCUAUCCUAUGACGGUUUAACCCUUUGGAGCGAACAUCUCCCUUUGCUGAGUUCUCUGCCUCCGCAUCGCGCUCAAACCUGACUUGAAAUGCUCCACUGUCGAACUUGUUCACGGAAUUACCCUACGGAUUUUUAUCGAUUUUUCGGGUCGUCCCAAAGCCUAGUCGAUCUGGAGGUUACCCAUUAUGUUCAACGGGUGCGCUAAGCAGCAACUAAACCCCGGGCCACACCAUCAGGCGUUCCAGCAAGUAAGUCAUACCUUGCCAACAUGUUCUUCUACAUUUGUCCGCGUAGGUAGCGUUCGUAAGCCACUGCAAUGACCCUACGACGGAUCCUCUCGAGUCCUGUCACGCACGGACAAGCAUUUCAAAAUCGCCUAUGGGGUUCGCCCCGAAGCGGUCUCGAUCAAUCGGUUGACGGUGGCUUGUACUGCCCCUCUUUCGCCCGACCCGAGAACUAAGCCUUAUUCACCUGCCACGGUGCCUUCUCCGAUUCCCCGCAUCCGAUUACACCUGACAACCCUGUGCAUUCCCCUAUCCCCCCCCCCUAACCCCACCCACUGCGCGGAGUGGUCGUCGUGCCCAUUUCCCUGAUCGUUACCAACUUGCACAUUAUAUCUAACACUUGUCUAAUUUAAACCUAUGCAUAAAAAUUUCGGUCUGAGCCUAUAGACCUAGAAUGUACUGAUCUACUCAAAUCAGCAGUUAAUUUUUGAGGAAAUCAGAAAGCAACAACUCACACCAUUUUGCACAUUCGAAAUCCGUUCUCACACGAGGGAGAGUGUUGUAGUUGCAAAAAGGCCUUUUGUUUUAGUGCGCCAAAGGUACUCCUGUAAAACUUAGACACAACUUUCAACAAAAAUUUAACGCCAGACAGCAUUCUCGUGGCUACUUUGUUCCUCCUCAUCCUAUUCGCGUAUAUUUAUCUUAUUAGUCCAAGCAUAGACCGGUUGGUCUAUUACAUAUCAGCCAAACUCCUCGCCCCUGCUAAUAACUGUGUACUGAUUUUGUUGGGCUGGGAGGGAGCGGGGCUCGAUAGUGUAUCUCACUUUGGUUGCGUAACACACUUGAGCUUUCUGCCAAUGGAGUACGGUAUUUGCGGUAGCUGGAUGUCACUCUCUCCUGAAACCCCUCAUUCUUCCUUCGCACUGAAAUCCUUUUUAGUGAAAUUAGUUGGACGUUUACGUUCCUCUCACACCCCUCAGGCCUUAAUCGGGUGGUAUAUAGAUGCCUGCACUCUCCCCAUAAUUCUUUAUUAUUCUGUGAUUUUUUCUGUUUUGUUUAAGAAAGACAUGCUCCUUUUAAAACGCUGCUCGCAUUUCUCAGGUUUUUUUGUUGAUAUCAUAAUAAAACGACAUCUCACAACGGUCAGGCAAUGGUGCCCAUCCCCUGCACCUUGAUACAGUUGCUGCGAUGUCUUUCCGCUCCAUGCGCCGUGGCUACCGGCACAUCUCUUGCCGCACAUCCACUUACCAACGUUCCGUGUCGCCAUUUCUGGCACGAUACCUUACGUGUAGGGAGACCACAAUUCAGAAACCGAAAUUCGCACCGCCUUUAAGGCAGUCGUGCACUUUUACGUAGACCCGUUCGCGUAUUUAUAUGCUGGCCACGCUGAACAGAGGACGCUUUUUGCUGAAGAAUCUGGAAUGCCACUUCUAGAAUAAAACGUACGCUCUUGCUCUCUAGGCGUGACACACCCGCUUAGAAAUUCAUGGUUUAGCUCCGGCGUCUCUAAACGUGCAAGCGCCGUCUUGCUCACAACAAGAAAAUGCGAAGGGGAUUUCGUUCUGGACUGUACGCAGCCACAAGAACUAAUUAACUGUCCCGUCGAACGGGCACAUUUUGAUCACGAAUGCCGGCCUCCAGAUCUGUCUCCUGUAGAGGCGUGUAGUUGCAAAGUCGGCACACGUGACUACCCAAUCACGUGAGUUUAGUCGGGCCGUAGUGCGCAUGUCCGUUGCAACGAUGAGCCUGCCCACACGUGCGCACCAGUGACAAGCUGAUUUUCGCCGCUCACUGCUUUCCAACUGGCCAAUCAUCUUCAAGGCCGAGUCAGCAGUGCUCUGUGGCGCAUACGCCGCUCUCGCGUCGACGGACGUACGCUUAUCUGGCUGCCAACUGUCUCCGAUCCCUUCUCCAGUUAUUCUGUGCAGAAUACGCUAUUCAUGCAGCUCAUUCUCUUUCUGUUCGAGAUCGAGCCUGAAUGUCAUGGCUUAAGCUGCUGCCACACGGACAAGCUGUCUGCAACGCCAACUAUGCGUUCCGCGUACUCCGGAAUGUUUAUGGUGCUGUCCGGCUCAUUUACCCUGCUUUUACUAGAAGACGCCGGGGAAUUUGCAUCCUUUCUCUGAUCCACUUAGGAGGCUCUUGUGCCUGGAUGCCAAUUAGAGCCGCAGAGGACUCUGCCUACUGGGCCUUAUGCGCGACUGACCGAGGACGGAAUUAUCGAAAGUACCUAUGAAGGCGUUUUAUUGGGGGUGAAGCCAGGAAUAGCUGCAUUUUCAGGUACAUUAUGGCAAAAACACCCAAACUUAGCCAAAUUCGGUGUUACAGCGGGUAGUUCAAUGGGUACGAAAGACAGGUCGGCGUUGAUGGAAACCAAGGGCUUUGGGCAAAAUGGGUCGGAUGUGGUGAUGUAGCCCCACCUGAAGUAAACAAACCCCAGACACCUGUAAUACUGGACCGGUGGCAAUAGGGGGUUUUACGGGUGGGGCCAGGGAACGCACAGGCGACGAGGUCAAGUAGUUUUAUACAAAAUAAAAACUAUUGGGGAUGCGCGGUGGUACUUUGAGUGGUUGAGAAAGAGUUGACCCAACCCCAACAGUAUUGUGUCCAUCAGGUGAGACUACAUAAUCACAUCUUGCCGCAAAAUCAAUUUUGCUCUUUUCACCAACUAGACUUCGAACGCUGGUCAGCCUUUCUGAAAGCCCAUCCCUUUUGAACAAGAAAACGUAUGGGUGCCCUUAUGGAGGAUCAUAUUUGAAGCAGGGGUAGUCGUGCGGACGAGAAUGAGACGAGAGAGACUGUUUGCGGUUAUUGAUGCCGCUUAUGGCAGAAAAAAGGAUGUUGCGGACAUCGUUGCCAGGUUCUGCCAGUUUUAUGGGAGUGAUAAUAAGUCGUGAGGAGACGGCGUCGGACAACGUUCGCCGUAUCAUGAAAAGACUGCCGCUUGUGAUCCCUUUGUAGCUAGCGGAUUUCGCAUAUUGGCGAUUAACCACACUUGAAAGUAUUAACGCUGCAUGAUCUGGAGUUGCUUGUUCGGCAGGUCGAAGAACCUAAUGAUCCCGCGGUUAACCUUCACUGAAGGCUAUCACGACAGCUAGGGCCGUGUGCAUGCCUUAGCCACAACGAGGAGAAGUUGGACACCGGUAGAGGAAUAGUUGUAUUUUGUACAGAACGGAGGAAGGGUAAGUUGGAGCAAGUAGACAGCCCGGCGAGGAGGACAUGUGUGUUGUGAUCGCACAGACGUCCGAGUGUCUAAGGCGAGGGCGUGUCCGUGUCAACCUUGAAGGUGAUUGGUCGGUUGUGGUUGACCAAAUCGCAGACAGCGCAUCUCGUUUUCGGCGAUUGGCCGGGGACGACGUGAGCAUCGUCAGACGAACGACUACCGGUAGUACGUGCCGCGGGCAUGUACCAGACAAAGGCGCAGUGUUGCAGCAGACGAAAGCGCGGAGUAGGUCAUAACAAGGUCGUUCAAAUGUUGGCCAAUCGUGGAUGACUCACGUAGCCAGCAGCUAAGUUAAUUAGCCUUCCUGUCGCGCCGGCUGUGUGCAUGACAUCUACGACAACGUGGAAGUGACAAUCCAAUUCGUUACACGGGUACUCCCUAGAAUACUGCAUGAAGUCUACGGUCAGUGACCGAUCUCAUGAAAUAUUAACGAACAUUCUAAAAUGCGUUUUAGGCAAGAUCAUAUUUCGUAGCCGUACGUGUUAGGGGUUAGGCUUAGGGGCAAGGGGUUAAUGUUAGGGUUAGGGAUUAUGGGCUGGGGUUAGGGUUAAGCCCCCCUAUUACUACUGACUCCGUUUAACAGGUGGCUGGGGCUUGUCUACUGCAGGUACGGCUACGAAAUAAAAUCCGACCUUUUCAGGUAUUGCAAUUUUCUCAUUGAUUUUCGAUGCCCUUGAAAAUUCAAUUAUAUUUCAUGGAAAAAUGCAUAAAAAUAUUCAUUCUUUUACUUAUUCGGUAGAAAAUCACGUCUUCUUCCAAUUUCAUACUCAAAAGAAGAGUAUAAUCCGGUUUUAAAAAAGUUUCUAAUUGUGAGAUUUUUUAAUAUCAUUAAAUGGUCGUCCAUGAAACGUCAUGUAUCUGCAUUUACGAAUGUGGCUUGUAAAGUUAACAAUAUUGCUCAAAUCCACUGCUUAAUUUUAUAAACCUCAUAUGGUCUCUUCUUAACACCGUAGAGAAAUGCAUGGUUUUCCGUACACGGAAAAUAUACAGCUUGUAGUUUUGAAACCCUGAAUGCAAGUGUGACAGCAGGUCGGGUUCAAAAUUAUUCGGGAGUUAGAAAAGCUUUUUAAAACCGAAUUCUACUCUUCUUUUGAUUAUGAAAUUGGAAGAAGACGUGAUUUUCUACCGAAUAAGUAAAAUAAUGAAUAUUUUUAUGCAUGUUUUCCAUGAAAUAUAAUUGAAUUUUCAAGGGCAUCGAACAUCAAUGAGAAAAUUGCAUACUACAUAAGUGGUCAUUUUUUGCAGAGUAUAGUUCUUGCAUGCAGCCGAAAAUAAGUUCUUUCGAAAGCCGACACCCUGAGGUAACUGGAUCAUUAUAGAUUUAUGCUGCAUCAUAAUUAGUUUUACAACACUACUUAAUUUAUCUUUUCGAAACGAGAAUGCAUUUCGAAAUUUUGGUUGACAUUUCAUGAGUUAGCACAUCUACUGUAACUGGGAUUGUAAUAUUGGUUAUCAUGCGGCCUAGUCCCAUGAUAUUUCAGAGGCGUUAGGAUGUUGGCUUUCGAGUGCACACCAUUUAAAACGCCUGUAAAGGGCGAACUCGGUGAAAAUGAACACUACUUACGUUGUAUUCAUUUAUUUCCAUUGGUUCUCGGCGCCAUUAUAAAUUCUUUUUUUGCAUUCAGCUGAUGGCAAAUCAUUUAUUACUCAAAAGGAUAUCUAACGAUCUUAAGAAGUCUCCAACUAUGAGACUUUUUGAGACCGCGCAAUGUUCAUUCAAAUAGCAUCGUGCCCAUCUAUUUAUAAAUGCUCCCCAUGAAGUACGUAACGAAAUUCACAUAAAUUGCAUAAUUUUAUGAGCCGUAUAUAGGAAAACUACUGGUUUUCAAUGCACGGAAAGUAUACAGCUAGGAGACUAAUGAUCCUAAACACAAAUACAACGGCAGAUCAGCUUAAAAUUAUUGGAAAAUUAGGAAACAUUUUAAAAACUUAAUAAUCCCUUCCCUUGGGUGUAAAAUUUGAAGAAAAAGUGAUUUGGCACCAUAUGAGCGGAAAAGAGAACACAUUUUCACGUUUUCCACAAAAUAUAUUUGAAUUUUAAGUCAUCGAUAAUCAAUAGAAGAAUUCACACUACUUAAGCAGACACUUUUUUAACGUGUUCGGUCUUUGCUAGCGGCCAAAUAAAGUGCAUUCAAACGUCGAUAACCUGGCAUGGCUGAAAUAUCCCGAGAUUAUGCUGCACGAUAAUCAGUAUUAUAGCCCCACCUAAAUAGUCCUUACUAGGCCAAACACAUUUCAGAACUUCAGGUAACAUUUCAUGAGAUCGGCUACUGGCUGUGAGAAUGAGCGAUACAGAAAUGUUAUUAUUGUUAAUAUCACAUUCAAAACACAGAAUGGGAUUUUAGGUCCCAGGGUCUCACAGCUCGCUCAAAGACAGCAUAAUUUCGUGAACAAACUAAAUACGCUUCUGGGGAGCAUGCAGUUGUUUGGGUCCGACUGUCCAAGGAAGAAGGCUAUGGCCGACGCCGUUGGACGAUGGUCUGAAUCAGUAGCCUUGCAUGUAGACCUCCGGCUGAUCGACCCCUUCCCAACUGGGACCAUUCGCACGGUUGAAAGCCUCGAAUUGUCGGCUACCACAGCGCACACACGCGCUUCCCCACCGGCCUUCUCAAGAUGCUUGCGCAAGUGAGGGUAUGAGCUGCCAGCGUUGCAAAGUACGAUGCUACCGAUGCUGCUGCCUAGGACGGUCGUAUUACUGUGGGCGUUUUCAUCGAUUGUUCGCAAGUGUUGGGUAGCAUUGUAACAACUUGGAGACUUGCCCUGGUCUUCUAUCCUUCCUUUAUAUUAUUCUCCGUCUGCAACCUCGUGAUCAGAACGUGCGGGUGGGGGGGGACGUUGUAGUUAGCUAGCGGGCUCCAAGACAAGCCUCUCCUGCAGUAAACCAAACCGUAUGUGCAGAAGGUGAAUGCCACUUACGAGGAGGGCCAGAAUGCAGAACAGCUAUCAAUUUAACCGUGUAGUGAAGCAGUAUAGACUCAAAUCAACAAUCAGACAGCAAAUCAUGCGGCCCAAAGACCUGCCACCAGUAAUAGAAGGAUCAGGGGCGGUCUGUGGCAUGUCAUGCCACAAUUGCAGUGCAAUAUAUGUUGGUGAAACGGGCAAACGCCUUGGCACAAGAUCGCAAGAACUCCAGUUUGCAACAAAACGCAAGGAUAAGCUGUCUGUGGUCGUUGCCCACAUACAAUAGCAAAACCGCAGUUUCGUCUUUGAGAAAGUGAGGGUGAUGGACUAAAGCAAUGAUCAGAUGACCAGACUGGUGCUCGAAAGUUGGCCCUAGAAUAUGAUGAGUAACUAAGCCAUAGACCUGCAUUCUGCCUGUCAGGCGCCAGACACAAGCAUCGAGUCACGUGGGGUCGACGCCCACGGAGGAGAAGCGUCGACCGGAAGUCACGUGGCCGACGCGGUACUGCUUCACCGGGACGCCCGCGAGGCGAAACGCACUGUGCACGAGCAGCAACAGUCGGCCAGCUGA